AAGAGUCUUCCAAGCGGGAUAGGUCAGGACCAUCUCCCCUCUUUUUCCUGAUUGGCUAAUCGGCAAAGCCCGGUCUCCGGGUAAGAUGGCAGCGGACGGACAGUGCUCGCUCCCCGCUUCAUGGCGGCCGGUGACCCUCACCCACGUCGAAUAUCCCACAGGUGAUCUCUCAGGCCACCUCCUCGCCUACCUGAGCCUCAGCCCCAUCUUCGUUAUUGUCGGCUUUGUGACACUCAUCAUAUUCAAGCGAGAGCUUCACACUAUUUCUUUCCUGGGGGGUCUGGCACUCAACGAGGGGGUCAACUGGCUAAUAAAGAACAUUAUCCGGGAGCCCCGGCCCUGUGGAGAUACCCACUCCAUGGUGAAUACCAAAUAUGGGAUGCCUUCCAGCCAUUCCCAAUUUAUGUGGUUCUUCUCAGUCUACUCCUUCCUUUUUCUUUAUUUAAGAAUGCAUCAAACAAACAACGCCAGAUUCCUGGACUUGUUGUGGAGACAUGUGCUCUCUCUGGGCCUUGUGACAGUAGCCUUUCUCGUCUCAUAUAGUAGAGUGUAUUUGUUGUACCACACCUGGAGCCAGGUUCUCUAUGGAGGGGUCGCAGGAAGCAUCAUGGCUGUCGCGUGGUUUGCCUUCACACAGGAGAUCCUUACUCCACUGUUCCCCAGGAUAGCAGCCUGGCCCAUAUCUGAGUUCUUCUUAAUUCGAGACACAAGCCUCAUCCCCAAUGUCCUGUGGUUUGAGUACACAGUCACAAGAGCAGAGGCCAGAAACAGACAGCGAAAGCUGGGUACAAAGCUACAGUGAGAGUGCUCGGGCGUGGCUGGGCCAGCCCCACAGAUCUGACUAGUAGGAUGCCGCCACGGAGACCUCGACAGACCCAAGUCACCACGUGGAGCCUUUUUCUUUCUUUCUUUCUUUCAUCUUUUUUUUUUUUUAAAUCAACAAGACGGACCAAAGGCGAGACUGGGGCCUUCAGCGGGAGUCCAGAGGCCUGGGCGUUGGUUUGGGCAGCUUGCUAGGCAUCCCCACUGCCCAUGGGAUCAGGAUACAAAUGGACCUUGCCCAUACCACCACUGCACACCGAGAGGCAGAAUGUACCAUAACAUCCAAGGCCAGAGGAAGGGACUAAGGGUGGGAUAAUGGGGGAGAAAGAAGAAAACUUUCAUCUGAGAGCUUGAGACAGGGUGGGUGGGGAAAAAUCUAACAGCCAACUAUUUGUGUGGAAUUUAGGUGGUAUGAAAUAUACAUGCUAUUUAUUUUUUUUCUAA